AUGAACGCGAACCAUCGCCGCAGGAGACGCCUAGCCCUCUUCCCAGUAGCUCCCAACGGUGAAGGCAACCGUCGAGGCGAGGCUGCUGCCUGGCCUGACGCGCGACCACCUAACGUUGAAGGUGGAGCACCCGCCGAAGAACUCAUCAGGCGGGUUCCCGCUUGGAAGGGAGCUGACGACGGGUGGCUCAUGAUAGCACCCCCACCUGGGUUCCAACACCACAGAAACCACGCGGAACAACACCAAGAGCCGUCCCCCAGCACCUCCGCCGGCAGCCUCACCGGUAAAUCGGGAAUCGACAUCACCGUGUUUACGGACGUCUCGUUAGUGGGAGAAAAUCCCGACCCGCCGUGUGCUCCCUCUUCGAUUCCGGUCGUCACGGGUACGGCGGCGGCGGCGUGGACACAGAAUCCGUUCGGUGGUUGGAGUCCUCUUCCACCCAGGUGGAGAAACUACGCGACGUGCGCCGGGGGCUGGAAGCGAGGGUCAAGGCGACCGCGCAAGAGCACAGCCUCCCAUCCCCGGAGACCCUCAAGGCCGAAGCCCCCGCCCGCUACUAAACCCGCCGCUUCUGGAGGUACUUCAGCCCCAAGCGGAGGAGGAAGAUGGAGUGGGGAGAGGUCGUGCACACGGGGCACGUGGGUUACGACUACCCCAUAG